AUGGCUACUUCCGGGGCUUCAUCGUCCACCAGAAAUCCACCUCUGAGAAAUCUACAAACCAGACUGAAGGCAAUGCUGGAAAUGUUUAAGGCGCUAACCUCUUUUUCGAACACUUUGGGGGAGGUAACAUCGGUUCAACAAAUCCAAGUGAGGCUGGAAAAGUUGAAUGAGUUGUGGGAUAAAGUUAAUGAUGCUAUCAUGGAUAUAGAAACUCAUGAAGAGUAUUCGUCGAAGGAAGGCGCUUGUCCAGGCAUAAGGUUGGACUUCACCACACGCUUCUACGAUGCAAAGGCGAGCAUGUUGGACCGCAUCAAGGAGUUGGAAGGGAAUACCGCGAAUGCUAGUGUUUUACAAUCCACCCGCAUCAUGGAUUCAUCCAUGCAGCCAGUGACGGAGCACGUGAGGUUACCCCAAAUUAGGCUGCAGACUUUCGACGGCAACAUAGAUCAGUGGUUGGGCUUCCGGGAUCUUUUCCUCUCGUUGAUCCAUUCCAAGGUGGACUUGCCGGAUGUGGAAAAGUUCCAUUAUCUGAAGGGAUGCUUAGCCGGAGAAGCCAGAGCACUCAUCGACCCUUUGGCCUUGACAAGAGCCAACUACACCAUCGCCUGGGAAACUCUGAUGACGAGAUACAACGAUAGCAAGGUUUUGAAACGUCGACAAGUAGGAAAUCUGUUCAAACUCCCGAAGGUCACCAAGGAAUCGUCAUCAGAAAUUCAAGUGCUGUUGGAAGGCUUCGAACGUGUUGUGCAAACGUUAGACCAACUGGUAAAGCCCGAGGAUUACAAGGAUUUAUUGCUGUUGGAAGUAUUGUGCUCAAGGCUGGAUCCCGUAACUCGUCGUGCAUGGGAGGAGCACAGUGCGCUGCAGACUCAGGAUACGGUUAAGGAUCUCACCCAGUUUCUUCAAACGAGAGUCAAAAUUCUUGCCUCACUACCAUCAAGGGCUCAGGAUGCGAAGCAGGAGCCUUCCCAACCGCUCAAGAAGAACUUCACCUCUAGAACGAGCUACAGCGCAGCUCAGGUUUCAUCCGUAACGUGUAUCGCUUGCCCAGAAUCCCAUCUGCUUUACACUUGUUCAGCGUUUUUGAGGUUGAAUCCCUCCGCACGCGACAAACUGCUGAGGCAGCAUAAUCUGUGCAGGAAUUGUUUUCGACGUGGUCAUCAAGCUACAGAAUGCAGAUCUUUUCAAGUGUGCCGUCAAUGUAGGGGAAAGCACCACACUUUAGUGUGCUUCAGAGAAGACGGAGGCGGUUACAGCAGUCCCCGAGCAGCAACAUCUACCAGAAGAGGUCAACAGUCAUCUCAGUCAACCGAUACAACUGCAGGAACCGUUUCUUCAAAUGUUGCCAGGAACCACUCGUCGACAAUCAUCCUCGCCACGGCAAUCGUUUUGGUUGAAGACGACACAGGAAAGACCUUCCACGCAAGGGCUUUACUAGACUCCGGAUCAGAGAGUAACUUCAUGACAGAGAGGCUCUGUCAGCGGAUGAAGAUCUCCCGAAGACGUUCGAAUAUCUCGGUACUUGGAAUCGGCAAGGCAAACACAACUGUAAAAUACCAAGUUUCAGCAGUUGUGAAGUCACGUACAUCUAGUUUUGCGAGAAAUAUGGAAUUUCUUCUUCUCCCAGCGGUUACUGCAGAUCUGCCUACUACUAGCGUGACGGUUUCUUCGUGGAAGUUCCCACAGGGUGUGAAAUUAGCGGAUCCAGGUUUCUUCCAAUCAAAAUCGGUAGAUUUGGUACUCGGCAUUCAGCAUUUCUUCUCCUUCUUGCAACCCGACAACAAAAUUCCGCUUGGCGAGGGUCUGCCAAUGCUGAUUGAUUCAGUGUUCGGUUGGUUGGUCACCGGAGCAGUUGAACACCAGGGUUCAGCUCGGCGCAUCGUUUGCAAUGCAGCUUCUACAGUUCAUCUAGACGAACUUCUCACCAGGUUUUGGUCGUGUGAGGAGAUAGGGUCUCCGAACACAUUUUCCCCGGAAGAACAACGCUGUGAGGCGCAGUUUGUUCGCACUAUCCAGAGGAGUUCUGAUGGACGAUACACUGUUGGCUUACCGAAAAACGACGAGAUACUUUCGAGGAUGGGCGAGUCGCGCGGCAUUGCACUUCAGCGACUAAAUGGCUUAGAACGAAGAUUGGCGAAAGAUCCAGAUUUGCGAAUUCAAUAUAACCAGUUCAUGGAGGAGUACGUGGACCUAGGGCACAUGCGUAGGGCGUAUGUGGGCCCAGAGAAGCGUUGUUAUCUACCACACCACCCAGUCAUCAAACAGGCGAGCACAACAACCAAGGUUCGAGUAGUAUUUGAUGCAUCGUGUAAGAGCAGCAGUGGCGUUUCACUGAACGAGGCACUCCUGGCAGGACCGGUAAUCCAAGACGAGCUGCGAGCUCUCAUCAUGCGUUGCCGAAUGAAGCAAAUAAUGAUCGUCGCAGAUGUCGAGAAAAUGUUCCGACAAAUAGGCAUCGAUAGAGCAGACAUGCCGCUGCAAAGUAUUCUGUGGAGAAAGGAUCCAUCGAAGGACGUAGAAACGUUUGAACUCACCACUGUUACAUAUGGAACAAAACCGGCACCGUUUCUCGCCACCAGAACUCUGAAACAGUUGGCCACAGAUGAGCAGCAGUCGUACCCACAGGGAUCCAAGGCAAUCAUGGAAGACGUUUAUAUGGAUGACGUUUUGACGGGUACCGAUAACGAAGAAGCGGCUUCAAUACUUUGCGAACAGUUAAUAAGUUUAACGAAAAGCGGCGGGUUUCGAUUAAGAAAGUUCGCAUCCAAUUCGCCAACGGCCUUGCGAUCAGUAGAUGAAGAAGACCUUGCGUUGCCACAGUCGGAGGAAAUACAACUAGAUCCAGACCCUGCAGUCAAAACCCUAGGACUUGUGUGGCAACCCCGAACCGACAUUCUGCGCUUCAACUUCACCAUAUUGGGUAUCCCGGAAAACGAAAGGCUAACGAAACGUAAGAUUCUAUCAGCAAUCGCAAUAUUGUUCGAUCCGCUUGGUAUGGUAGGAGCUGUAACCACAACCGCCAAAAUUUGUAUGCAGAAGCUGUGGAAAUUGAACGAGAACGGAGGAAGGCUUGACUGGGAUCAUCCGGUUCCAGUUGAAAUCGAACGGGAAUGGCGUGAAUUUCACCGGCAGCUUCACUUGAUGAACGAGUUGAAAAUUCAGCGUUGUGCAGUCAUUCCGAACUGGGUUAAGAUGGAGUUACAUUUCUUCUCGGACGCAUCGGAGAAGGCGUAUGGUGCCUGCGCCUACAUCAAGAGCAUCGAUGCCCAGGGAAAGAUUUUUGUGCAUCUACUGACGUCGAAAUCAAAGGUCGCGCCCUUAAAAUGCCAGUCGAUACCCAGAUUGGAGCUAUGCGGAGCACUUUUAUCGGCUGAAUUAUCCUGCAAGGUACGGGAGGCGUUGAAGGUUGAAACGGAGAUGUUUUUCUGGACGGAUUCAACUUGCGUGCUGCAGUGGUUGAAGUCGAUUCCUACAACGUGGGCUACAUUCGUUGCAAACCGUGUAGCAAAAAUCCAAUCUGCUACGGAGAACUGUGUUUGGAGACAUGUUCCAGGGGUACAGAAUCCAGCAGAUCUAAUUUCCCGUGGUGUACAUCCCGAUCAGAUCCAGGAGAGCAAGCUGUGGUGGAACGGUCCCGAAUGGCUGCUGCAGAAUUAUUAUCCGGAACAACCUAGCAGCUUUUGCGCUGAGGGAGCAGAUGCAGAAGUUCGACAUGUUGCAGUGAACCUGACAACAAGACAGCCCGAUUUUGGAGUGGAAUACGUCAGCAAGUUCUCGUCUUUCAACAAGCUCAUACGCAGCACCGCAUACUGGAUGCGCCUGAUGCGUAUCUUGAAGAAAACUGAAACAAAUCCCAAGAGUUUUCUGACUGUAGCGGAACUUAGAGAUGCCGAAUACGCCGUAAUCCGCCGAAUACAGCAGGAGACGUUCCCUGAAGAUUGGAAGUGCCUAGUCGAAGGAAAGGAGGUUCACCGAAGUUCGCCCCUAAGAUGGUUUGUUCCUCGAAUUUCUUCGGAGAACUUAAUACGAGUUGGCGGCCGAUUGGGGAAAUCGGAGGAGUCAGAAGAUACCAAACACCCAAUAGUUUUACCAGCGAAACACCCUUUUACAAUUAGGUUGUACGAGCACUAUCAUCAGAAGUUGAUGCACGCAGGAUCGCAGUUGUUGCUUAGUUCCGUUCGUUUGAAGUAUUGGCCACUUGGAGGUCGGAAUGUUCCUCGGCAGAUUAUACACAACUGUAAACAGUGUUUCCGCUCCAAGCCUAGUCCUAUCCAGCAGUUCAUGGGUGAACUACCGUUGGCUCGUGUCACGAGAUCCAGACCUUUUUCCAAGACCGGAGUGGACUACUUCGGACCAGUAUAUGUUCGCUUAGCCCCAAGACGACCAGCAACCAAGGCCUACGUUGCUGUUUUCGUCUGUUUAUGCACGAAGGCAGUACACCUCGAGCUAGUUUCAGACCUAUCGACGGACCGUUUCCUCCAAGCAUUACGCCGUUUUAUUGGGAGAAGAGGGUAUUGUUCCGACAUAUACUCGGACAAUGGUACCAACUUCGUAGGAGCUCGAAAUUUUCUACGGGAAUUGUUGAAACUUUUGCGUAACAGUCAACAUCAGGAGAAGGUAUCAAGGGAGUGCGUUAACAAUCAAAUUCAAUGGCAUUUCAUUCCACCGGCUGCCCCUCAUUUUGGAGGACUUUGGGAAGCUGCGGUCAGAUCGGCCAAGAAGCAUCUGCUGAAGGUUCUCGGAGAAAACGCUGUCCCCUUUGAAGAUUUGACCACGUUUCUAGUGCAAGUGGAAAAUUGUUUGAACUCAAGACCAAUCACUGCGUUGACUGAUGACCCAAGUAACCUUCAACCACUUACGCCUGGUCAUUUUUUGGUUGGGGAAGCAUUGCAACAACUACCGGAAAGGGACUAUAAGGAGGUACCGAUGAAUCGGCUAAAUCAGAGCCAAGUGCUGCAGAAAAAGCUUCAGCAUUUUUGGGACAGAUGGAGAGUAGAGUAUCUCACACAGCUGCAAGGACGUUACAAGAGAUGGAGAUCGCCGGUUGAGAUAUCUGUUGGGAGACUUGUCAUCAUAAAGGACGAUAAUCUUCCACCAUCGCGUUGGAAAAUGGGCCGUGUUGAAGAGCUGCAUCCAGGAUCGGACGGCGUUGUGAGGGUAGUAACUCUCAAAACUGUAACCGGACCUUCGACGCGACCAGUUGAAAAACUCUGCAUAUUGCCAGAAGCAUUCCAGCCUCAAGAUCACCGACGUUCCCUUGAAAACCAGACAGAUCAGACCACCCCCUUGUGUUCGUGA